AUGCCAUUCGCCCAGCUGGUCAUCGGACCUCCCGGAGCUGGAAAAUCCACAUAUUGCAAUGGCAUGCACCAGUUCUUAGGCGCCGUCGGCCGGAAAUGCUCCAUUGUAAACCUCGACCCCGCCAACGACAAGACCUCAUACCCGUGCGCGCUGGACGUGCGCGACCUUGUGACUCAGGAAGAGGUCAUGGAUGAGGAUAAUUUGGGUCCUAAUGGAGCUACUUUAUAUGCACUCGAGGAACUGGAGGAAAACUACUCUUGGUUAGAGGAAGGACUGAAAGAGCUCGGAGAGGAUUAUGUUCUAUUUGACUGCCCUGGACAAGUAGAGCUGUUCACACACCAUUCGUCUCUACGAAACAUCUUUUACAAGAUUCAAAAGCUUGGCUACCGAGUUCGUAUCAGUCCGAAAACAUAUCAAGAGAGUACCUUACUUACCAUACAUGCGCAACAGUUAAUAGUAAUUCAUCUCGUUGACUCUUACACUCUCACCCUUCCUUCAAUGUACAUCUCUGCUCUCCUCCUUUCCCUGCGCGCCAUGCUCCAACUCGACCUCCCACAUCUCAAUGUUCUCACCAAAAUCGACAACCUCUCCAAUUACAACGACCUCCCUUUCAAUCUGGACUUCUACACUGAAGUCCAAGACCUCUCAUAUCUCCUUCCGCACCUAGAGGCUGAAAACUCUCAGCUCACAAACACCAAAUUCGGUGCUCUAAACGAAGCCAUCAUUUCGCUUGUGGAGGAAUUUGGACUUGUCAGCUUCGAGACACUGGCUGUCGAGGAUAAGAAGAGCAUGAUGAAUCUGCUGCGCGCUAUUGAUCGUGCGUCAGGGUAUGCAUUUGGACCUGCGGAGGGUGCAAACGACUCUGUCUGGCAGGUUGCUGUCCGAGAGGGCAUGGGUGUUACAGAUGUGAGGGAUGUGCAAGAGCGAUGGCUUGAUGCAAAGGACGAAUAUGACGACAUGGAAAGAGAAAAUUUGAAGGAGGAAGCGAGAAUGCGCGAGGAGGCUCACAAGGCUGUCAAUGGGGACCCGGAUGAAUUGGAUGAAGACGAGGAACUGGCAAAUUGGAAAGGUCCAAUGCCGGAUAGCGGGAUAAAAGUGCGCCGGAAGGCAUGA